AUGUAUGAUUUCUACAAAAAAUAUGCUUACACUGUGGGCUUUCCAGUUAAGAAAAGGAAUUCCAAAAAAGAGGACGAUGGUGUUUUAAGAUAUUUGACAUUAACAUGUAGCCGUGAAGGUGGAAGCGUUGGUAAUAGUAGUGGUUCUUUGAAGCCGCACCCAACAGUGAAGCUGGGUUGUAAAGCCAGAAUAUCUGCAUCUUGUGAUGUUCUAGGAAAUUGGAGAAUUAAUGCAGUAAACCUAGAACACAAUCAUGAUACGAGUCCUUCUAAAUCUCGACUAUAUCGAUGCAACAGACAAUUGAGCGCAGCUAUGAAACGAAAGCUUCAGGUGAAUGAUUUGGCAGGAAUUGCGGUUCACAAAAGUUACAACUCUGCAGUUGUAGAAGCUGCAGGUUAUGAGAACAUGUCUUGUAUCGAAAAGGAUUGCCGGAAUUACGUAGAACGUGUGAGGCGAUUAAAACUUGGAGAAGGAGAUGCUACAGCAAUUCAAUCUUACUUUUCCAAGAUGCAAGCACAAUGCUCGGGAUUUUAUUUUGAUAUUGAUUUGGAUGAGGAGUCGCGGUUGAGAAAUGUGUUUUGGGCAGAUAAUCGGUGUAGGCAGGCGUAUAAGGAGUUUGGCGAUGUUGUUUCAUUUGACACCACUUAUCUCACUAAUAAGUACGACAUGCCAUUCGCUCCUUUUGUAGGUGUAAAUCAUCAUGGACAGUCAACACUGUUGGGUUGCGGUUUGGUAUCGAACGAAGACACUAAUACUUUUGUAUGGUUGUUCAAAACAUGGCUUCAAUGCAUGCACGGUCAAGCUCCACAUGGUAUAAUUACUGAUCAAGACAGGGCAAUGCAAAAUGCAAUCGAAAUUGUCUUUCCAAAUACCAAACAUAGAUGGUGUUUGUGGCACAUCUUAAAGAAGUUGCCGGAGAAGUUUGGCUACCACGUGGAUAAGCAUUUGAUAUUUGGGGCUCUACACAGAUUGGUGUAUGAUUCACAGUCCAGUGAUGAAUUCGAAAAUGGUUGGGGAACGAUGAUUGAUAUGUAUGAAUUGCAUGAGAAUGAUUGGCUAUCGAUAGCUGAACCAAUUUCCAAAUAA